AUGCCCCUCUUACGAGAAGCCGUCCAACAGACCCACCGCACUCUCGAAGCAAGCCACAUCCCUGACGCACGGCUUGAAGCCGAAGUGAUGCUGAUGAACGUCAUGCGGUUGCAGCGUCACGACCUCUUUUCGCAGCAGGAAACGGAAGUAUCCCCCCAACAGGAAGAAGCGCUGGCGCACAUUUUGGAGCGCCGGCUACAGCGAGAACCCCUGGCAUAUAUUCUUCAAUACAAAGAGUUCUAUGGCGUCAACCUGCUGGUCAACACUGAUGUGCUGAUUCCGCGACCAGAAACUGAGUGCAUGGUGGAGCAUGCACUUUUCAUGGCGCUUAUGGGAAUGGAAACGCCGAAAUUGGUAAUCGCCGACGUGGGAACCGGUACGGGCGCCAUCGCCAUUAACCUGGCUAUGCAUCUGCCGGCCGCCCGCAUCUUUGCCGUGGACUAUGCCGACGCCGUCCUGGAUGUGGCCGCCUAUAAUAUUCGGGCCCACAACGUAGGCGACCGGGUAACCUUGGGAAAGGGCGACCUUCUUGAACCCAUUCCUGAGCCGGUGGACUUGAUUCUGGCCAAUUUGCCUUAUGUACCCAGCGGCCGCAUCCCUGAUCUGCAACCUGAGAUCCGCUGGGAACCACAGCAAGCCCUGGAUGGUGGACCGGAUGGCCUGGACCUCAUUCGCAGGCUGUUGCAGCAGGCUCCGUCGAAGUUAAAGGAACAUGGUAUCGUAUUGCUGGAACUAGACCCUGAACAGGUUCCAGCAGUACAAGCCAUGGCUGAAGAGAUCUUCCCAGAAGCGGAAAUGUCCGUGGAAAAGGAUUUGGCCCAGCGAGACCGCAUAUUUGUAAUCAACCGGGGAAUGGAAUACUGCUGA